CGGGAGCGGCACCGGGAGCGGGACAUGCGGGUGCGCGUACGGAGCUGGCACGGAGUGGCGUCCUGGCUGUGGGUGGCGAACGACGAGAACUGCGGCAUCUGCCGGAUGGCCUUCAACGGCUGCUGCCCUGACUGUAAGGUUCCCGGCGACGACUGCCCGUUGGUGUGGGGGCAGUGUUCGCACUGCUUCCACAUGCACUGCAUCCUCAAGUGGCUGAACUCGCAGCAGGUGCAGCAGCACUGCCCCAUGUGCCGCCAGGAGUGGAAGUUCCGGGAGUGACGGCGGCACCGGGCACGGGCCGUGGCCCGCUCAAUAAACGUGCGGACGCCAGCCGCGUGUCCGUGUCUGUGUCCGGUGUCCCGCGCCCGGGGUCGGAGCGGGGCCGGGCGGUGUCUCCGCGGGCUGGGCGAGCCGGGGCCCGGUGCUGCGGGCGGCUCGGCCCCGCACCGCUCGGUGGGUGGAACCUCGGGGCCGCUCUCCGACCCGCGCCGCUCCCACUCCGCCGCCGCCGAGCCCCGUCUGGCUGUGCUGCUGCCCAGCUCGGCCCGGCCGCCCUCGGGGAUCCGCGCUGCGCGGGAGCGGGGUCCCCACCCCGGCAGGCGCGGGACAAGCUGGGGGCUCCCCAUCUCCGGUAGCCGGCGCGGACUCCCCCGGUGUCUCCCGCAGUGCCGUGCAGAUGUGGCCGGGAGCUGCCCGGAGCCCGUGGCGCUCCCCCGUGUCCCCCGCGGAGUGUGUGGCUACCUGAGCCGGUGCUGGUGGCUCUGGGGUGACAAUAAACAUGCUUGGGAUGGC